AAUGGCGCUCAAAAAAUUGUCUCCCUGCCAACAAGGGAGAGUGAGCGGCCAAUGUCACUGAUCAGCUUGCACCCCUUACCCCUUUCACCCCCGAAACACAGGAAUGACAUAAAAGAAGGCGUGUCGUCGCACGUUCUCCAGCCAGAGCACCACCGCAAAAAAUGUAAAUCAGUUUGCGGUUUUAUGUCGUUCAUGGCCAGUUGAGAGAGAGCCGGAAAAAAGUCAUGGUGGAGGUGCCUGGUCGGCGGGAGGAGCUGCUCCAAGGGCUGGUGGACAGGACGAGGUCAGGGCUGCAGUCUGUGCUGCGACCGUCUACGUCCAGGACUCGAAUCUUCAACGGACUGAGUUCUCGUCUCGAAUCUGCUCUCUCGAUUCGGUCCAACAGCUCAGAAUUGCAAACGCCUUCAACGCUCGAGCCACCAAAAAUGGGCCUUGACGAGCCAGAGACCGAGAUUAAAGUCAACAGCCCGAACGGAUCUAUUGUUGCUUGCGGCUCUGAUCCCUACGAGCGACUCACAUACAAAAUUGAUGCUCAAAGUAGCGGAUCUGACAACGAUGGAUAUGGGCCAAGCACACUCAGCGUCGAGUCAGAUAAAAAGCAAUACAUGCAGUCAGGUUCUGAGGGAUCGAUCCAGUCGUGGGCGUCAAGCCUAAGCCUCGACUCACAAACAGACGAAGCUACUAUUGAGGCUAUUGAAUUUAUGCGCAAUUUCGUAGCAACACUUUUCAGUGAUAGCAACUCAAUUACCAGGGAACAGAAAUCUGCCUUUGGCAAAUACGCCCAGGACGAGCCUGGGAGGUUGUGGUUUGCCCGCUUUGUCAAUGCUCAAAGAGCGCAACACAAACGAGUGCCUGAAUCGACCUUUUAUAGUUUGGCUCAGUACUUUGCAAUAAUUUUAUUUGAAUGUGCCGAUUCCGACGACUUUGGACCUGCAAAGACCUUGAUGAACAUGUGUUUCACAUUUUAUUAUGAAUCCAAGGGGCCCCCACCAAUGCGGCAGUACAUUUUUAAUGUACUCAAAGAACAGCCCAUAUUCCAUUCGCUGAGAUUUUGGAAUGCUGCGUUUUUUGAGGCUUUGCAAGGGGAGCGUUCAAUAAGACCUGUAGCUACAAGGGAAGAUGUGCUCAAUAAUCAGAUGGAAGCAAUUACAGACGAAAGGGCUUAUCAGGAAAAUAUCACGUUUGGGCAACUGGGGACUUUCACCAGUAACAUGCACGCCUUUGGACUUACAAAAGAUAUGUGCAUGGAAUUUUUGAGAAAACAGUGCACAAUCGCCAGUCUCAGUGAUGAACAAGAAAAAAUGCUUAGGGAUAAUUUGGAUGAUCUGUAUGUGACCGAGUCAUUUAGUGAAUUGACUCCAACCAAGUCGCUGUGGCAAUCGUGAAGAGAGAGAAAAAAAAAAUUAAUGUGACGAUCCAAUAUGUGCGAUUUCCUUGCCUGGUCAAUAACCAAUAAUAUCAUGCAUUUGAUAAUAUCAUUCAACAAUAAGCAAAAAGACCUUACAGAGAAGAAAUAAUGCGCCUUGAAAUUUGCUUGCGCCUUUAGCGAUAUUGAAUACUAGGGAAAACGCUAUGCAAUAUUUAAUCGCCAAAUGAUGUAGACUUUUAGUUUUGACAAUAAUUAAUAUCUACUUCCAAGCUGUAAAUUAAACGUAAAAAUGGUCAUAAAUUCAUUUGGUUUACUCAUUAGAUGUUGAAUGUGCUAUCCUGUGAUUAUCAAUUUUAUUAAUUAAUAUGUAUUAAACUAAUGCAAUUUUGUAAAUCAUAAAUAAUAAUUUUUAUCUCAAAGUGAUGAGUAAAAUAAAGUUUUUUUUUUGAUAAGGCAAAUAUAUUUUCAUAAU